GGCGGAGGAGGCGGACCCCGACGAGGAGGAGGAGGACGGGCCGGGCGCCGGGGAGCUGGCGUCGGCGCUGCCCUGGGACCUGGAGCACGUGCCGCUCGCCUUCACGCGCCUGCCCGUCGAGGAGACGGUGCGCCGCUCGCAGGAGUUCUACGCCUUCAUGGAGCAGCGCCGCACCGUGCGCUUCUUCAGCGCAGACCCCGUGCCCGCAGAGGUCAUCCGGAACGUGGUGCGCGCCGCAGGGACGGCGCCGAGCGGGGCGCACACGGAGCCCUGGACGUACGUGGCGGUGUCGGACCCCGAGGUGAAGCGGCGCAUCCGCGAGAUCGUGGAGGAGGAGGAGCACGUCAACUACACCAAGCGCAUGGGCACCCAGUGGACGACGGACCUGAAGCCUCUGAAGACGAACUGGGUGAAGGAGUACCUCACCACCGCCCCGUUCCUCAUCCUGGUGUUCAAGCAGCUGUACAGCUACAAGGAGGAUGGCACCAAGCGUAUCCACUACUACAACGAGAUGAGCGUCUCUCUCGCCUGCGGCAUCCUCCUCACCGCCAUCCACAAGCUGACGCUGCUGCUGCCGGUGGGCUACCCGGCCGCCGACGCCACCGUGCCCGACCUGCGCCGCAAGCCGCUCGAGGACAUCCUCGUCGAGAU